AUGUCAGAUAUGUUAAGUAGCCCAUUUGGGCUCUCCGUCCGCAGAAACGGCUCCUGUCUCGCAACGGAACAAGACUGCGGCGGAACAUGGUCACCCUUCCGCGCCUGUUGUCCUGGUGGCACGAAAUGCCCAACCGGCCAGGACAAUGUGAAAUGCUGCCCGUCAGACGCAGACUGCACCGAGUUGCUCGAUCACACUCAUUGCGCAAACAGCAGUGCAAAUGUCUAUAAGGCCAAUGAUUAUUUUUGCUGCGCUGCUGGCAUGCAGGCGUUCCAGAAAGAGAACGGAUUUGUCGGCUGCACAGAGGAUACGUCCACCCUGGAUAAAAGUUUAACUCUCUUGAAAAUUCGGUAUCAUGGCACUACCUCAACAUCCAUGCCAUCGUCGACAACAUCCCCCACCACAGCCAUUACCGAUCCUGCAGCAGGGCCCACCACUGAAAGCGCAUCUGAGAAUUCUUCUUCGUCAUCCAAUACUGGGGCCAUUGCUGGCGGCGUUGUUGGCGGAGUAGCUGGGUUGGCCAUCCUGGCUGGUCUGCUCUGGUUCCUACUUCGUCGCCGCAACAGGGCAAAGCAGAGCAUAGGAACACAUACGGACCCGAGCCCUCUAAUGUCCAGUGUUCCCGGAUCAAGUGUGAUCGGAUCAAGCGUCCCUGGGUCGAGUGUCCCCGGAUCGAACAUCGUCGAGUACUACAAUAAGGAACCCCAAUCACCGCAAGAACUUGCUGGCACUAAGGAGCCCUUACCGCCACAGGAGCUUGCUGGUCGAGACGAAAAUAUGGUGCAUGAAUUACCAUCCCAGACGACAUAUCGAUGA